CUACCAAUACCCAGAUCUUCUUAACGAGUACACAUGACUGCACCCUCCCCGGACCUUAACUUCCUCGAAAGUCCAUAUCCUCAACCUGAUCUGAGCACCACUGCUUUCUUUCGGCCGAUUCACAUGGGACCCGGGGGAGAGCCUGAUGUUCCGUCAGCUGCUGCUGCUGCUGCUAGUAGCUUGAGCCCGCCGUCUAUGGGUACGAGUCUUGGGGGAGGCUCGUCCUCGGACGAAAGCGAGUACUCGGAAACGGUUCUCAAGUUCAUGAGCCACAUACUUAUGGAAGAGAACAUAGAGGACAAGCCCUGCAUGUUUUUCGACCCUUUGGGUCUCCAAGUUACCGAGAAAUCGUUCUAUGAUGCUCUCGGUAAGAAAUACCCUCCGUCUCCUAGUAAAUACCUUCCGCUACCUUGUAUCAAAGGCAACGUCGAGAGUCCUGAUCAUGAUGCUUUUUAUAGAGGCAGUAGUGGUGAUACCAAUGGUUCUACUAGCACUAGCGCCGAUCCUCAAUGGCUCGGUGACUAUAUUGAGGAGUACAAUUCCUCUAUUUCACAGCCGAAUUUGCAAUCCAUUAAUAGUGGAUCAAUAUGUUUGGAAAAUCCAUCGAAUGGUGUGACUAAUAAGAGUGGUGAUGGGACGAAGCUUUUGGGUUCAAACCUUUUAACUGAUGUUGAAUAUCUGUUGCAAUUUCGGAGAGGUUUAGAGGAAGGUAGUAAGUUCCUUCCUGGGGGUAAUCCAUUGGUUCUUGAUUUCAAAAGCAGCAUGGUGUCACCAGUGUGGAAUGGACAGAACCACAAGGUGGAGAAAGGUGAGGGGCAGAGUUCACCGGAUGUGUCAAGAGGAAAGAAGAAUCGUGGGAGGGUAGAUAUGGAAUUAGAAGAAGAAGAAGGGAGGAGUAAUAAGCAGUCUGCGAUUUAUGUGGAGGAGACUCAGGAGAGUGAAUUAUUAGAGAUGUUCGAGCAAACACUUUCUGCUGUAUGCAAUACAAAUGAACCCCAGGAGAAUAUAGCAAGGAAGGCCUUGCAGCCAACACAAGGAGCAGCCAAUGGUGGGAAGAGUAGUCGCGCUAAGAAACAGAGCAAGAAGACGGAGACGGUUGAUCUGAACACUCUUUUGAUUUUAUGCGCACAAGCUGUCUCAGCGGGUGACAAUGAAACAGCAAAUCAGUUACUCAAACAGGUUAGGAAGAACUCUUCCCCUUUUGGUGAUGGGUCUCAGAGAUUGGCCCAUUUCUUUGCUAAUGGCCUUGAGGCACGCUUGGCUGGCACUGGUUCUGGCAUUCAACUCUUCUAUACUUCCUUAGUUUCCAGGAAGAUCUCAGCUCCUGAAAUAUUGAGCGCUUACAAACUUCAUCUUUCAGUCUGUCCUUUCAAGAGGAUGUCGCUGAUCUUUACUAACAUGAUGAUUUUCAAAGUGGCAGAGAAAGCAACAACUCUUCAUGUGAUAGACUUCGGUAUUGGGUAUGGUUUGCAAAUUGCACUUCUGAUCCAGAAGCUCUCACAAAGACCCGGUGGGCCUCCCAAGCUACGAAUUACAGGGAUAGAGCUUCCCCAGCCCGGAUUGCGCCCAGCAGAGAGAGUCGAGGAGACCGGUCGUCGGUUGGCAAAGUACUGCGAGCAGUACAAUGUUCCUUUCGAGUACCAUGGCAUAGCAUCACAAAAAUGGGAAACUAUCCGAAUCGAGGACCUCAAGAUUGACAGGAAUGAGAUGGUUGCUGUGAACUGUCUGUACCGGUUUAAGAAUCUUCUUGACGAGACAGAGGAAGUAGAGACCAGUCCAAGGAAUGCAGUAUUGAACUUAAUCAGAAGGGCAAAUCCCGGCAUUUUUGUCCAUUCUAUUGUCAAUGGAGCCUACAAUGCUCCCUUCUUUGUCACACGGUUUCGAGAGGCACUCUUCCACUUCUCUGCAUUGUACGACAUAUUUGAUGUUACACUGCCCCCUGGAAACCAAUUGGAGAGGUUGAUGUUCGAGAGAGAGUUCUAUGGGAGGGAGGCCAUGAACGUCAUAGCAUGUGAGGAGCUACAGAGGGUUGAGAGGCCGGAGACGUACAAGCAGUGGCAAGUCCGUACCAUGAGGGCCGGUUUCAGGCUACUUCCGUUGAAUCAAGAGCUCCUGAAUGGAUUCAGAUCGAGGAUGAAGGAAUGGUACCACAAGGAUUUUGUACUUGAUGAAGACAACCACUGGAUACUUCAGGGAUGGAAGGGCCGGAUUGUCUUUGCCUGUUCUUGUUGGGUGCCGGCUUAGAAAUCUUGCACCGGGAUGUUUGUGAAAACUGUAGGGAAUUAGAUCCAUCUGUUAUAUGAAUUAGUUUGCUUCAUAUAUUUUAUUUGAAAUAUCAGAACUAUAUGCUUCGGUAAUGAAAACAGUAAUUUCUAAGAGUAAUAACCAUUAAAAUUAUAAUC